AUGAGUCGUUAUGAACAUGGUCAAUCAUAUUACCUGGAUACUGUAGCAAACUCUGGAAUUCACCACCGAUUAUCCAAACUUCAAAAGUUGGAAUUAUGUUAUAAUAUCACAAGGAACAGCGACGCAGAGUUGAUCGUGGAUAGAAUAGUCAAUCUCUUCGCUAUUUUGGCCUGUAAUGUUCACGGUCUUCGGCAUAUAUCCAUUAUAUUUGGGACCGAACAACCGGUACUUCAGUCUAAACUCGGAAAAGCUGUGGAAAAUCUGAUUAAAUCUCAAUCAAAUUUGGAAUACCUCGAGCUCUAUAAAUUUUGGGAUUCAUCGACAGAAGUUUCCAUAUACUCGGCGCUUGUCUCUCAAUCGCGUUCAUUGACUUUUCUGAAAAUUCUUGGUACAAAAGACUUUCACCAACUGCUACCAUUUCUAAAGUAUUGCACCAAUUUAAAGACUUUAUGCAUUACACCAUCAAUACCACCAAUUAAGGAAAAUUCCGGUGCCGAAUAUUCUUCAAUACAACUUAGGCACAUCUAUUUUCAACAUUACAUUGAACCGAAUAUGAUCACCAGCACCCUAAUUCCGAUCUUGAGGAUGUCGAGUCAAAACCUAAGGAUACUCUCUCUUCAAAGAGUGAAUCCACAUCAUCUCGACCUCAUUGCUCGAUAUUGCUCGAACAUAACCACACUAUCCCUGAACAUUGCCUACUCGCAGCUGUCGCAUUUUGGAAAGAUAAUCUCGAACAUGAACCUCAGGUCACUAACUUUGAAGAAGGUUCUCGGAGAUACGAAUUUUUGUCAAAAGUCCAUAAAUGAUUUGGCAAAAUCGAUUCCCAGUUCUUUGAAAUACUUUGGAAUUGGAUUUAAGAUGUUACCAAUAACUUUGAAGCUUUUCCUCUCUGAAUGCCAAGCCUCGUUAUGCGGGUUAGAUUUGUAUUAUUACUUCAACAUGAUCGAUGAUUCGUACCUCCAAAUUUUUAUUCAAUACGCAAAGGAGAACGAUUCCUUCCGGCAAUUGAGAUUUGAAGAUGCUCCCUCAACUCAUUUGUGUGGAGUCUUCGAGAAUCCCUCAAAGUUAUUGCAACAUGCCAAAUCCAUUAUCCCUGUAAUCACUAAAUUUAAAUUUGGAAAGGAUCCCUUUGACGAUGAUCUAGAUUAUUCCGAGUUUGCGUUCAGUUAG